AUGGUGAAUUCUGACGAUGAAAGAGCAGGAGAAGCAUAUCUGUUGGUACCAAAAUGUUCUAAAGUGCAACUGAAUGGCAAAGAAAAGGUAUCCUCCCCAACUCAGGAAGUGGAUGUGGACAUUGUCCAAAAGACCAUAGGAGUUUUUGGACGUUGGCACAUUUUUGUGUGCCUGAUCAUUUUUCUAGUCAAAUUCCCGGUAGCUUGGCACCAGCUGAGCAUAGUAUUCGUAGCAGCUCCAGUGGAUUUUUACUGUGUGAAUAAUUCGACAGAAAAAUGCUCUUCGAACUGUACAAAUUACGUUUACGAUAUGUCUGUAUUCAAGAGUACAAUAGCCACAGAAUGGGAUCUUGUUUGUGAUAAAACGUAUUUAGUAAACUUUGCUCAAACAGUCACUAUGCUAGGAAUUCUCUGCGGAAAUAUGGUUUUUGGAUACCUCUCAGAUAGAUUUGGUAGAAGAAACCCUCUGGUAUUGGCAGUGGUUAUUCAAGCAGCAUCUGGACUAGCUGCAGCUCUCUCACCAUGGUUUUCCCUGUUCUUGGUCAUGAGGUUCCUGGCAGCCCUGGCAACCGGUGGUACCAUGGUCACUAGUUUCGUACUCAUCAUGGAAAUAUUAGGUACCGAAUGGAGGACAGUGAUAGGCGUCCUGUACCAAAUCCCCUUCAAUCUGGGCCAUCUUCUCCUGCCCUUGAUCGGUUAUUACGUUCGAGAUUGGAGGUACUUCCAAGCGAUCAUCUCGGCCCCAUCUUUGGCCCUGAUCGUCUACUACUGGAUCCUCCCGGAGUCCCCCAGAUGGCAGUUGGCGACAGGAAACAAAGAGGGGGCUAUCGCCACUAUGAGGCGGGCAGCUAAAGCUAACCAGUUGCCUAUAGAUAAAAUCGAGCAAGACAUAACCCUCUAUCUGGAACACAAGGAGAGCAAAGCCUCGCCCCAAGCCAAAGGCAACAUCCUGGACCUGGUUCGAACGCCCACCAUCAGGAUGUAUACCAUCGCCAUCGGCUUCAACUGGCUGGUGUGUGGCUUGUGUUUCUUCGGGGUCUCGCAGUACAUCGGCCAACUGGGAGGCAACAUUUUCGUCAACGUCGCCAUUUCCGCGGUGAUCCAGGUGCCCAGCACGAUCUUCGCUUGUUACGCCACCAAGGCUUGGGGGAGGAAGAAGACUCUCAUCGUCGCUGAUGUUAUGUCCGGAGUGGCCAUUUUGUUGAUCGCCGCCGUACCAGCGCACACCCCCUGGGCGAAAACCCUCCUCUCCUCCAUCGGCAUGUUCGGCCUGGCGCUCUCCUUCCCCACCGUCUACAUCUACUCGGGCGAGCUCUUCCCCACCGUGCUGAGGAACAUCGGAGUGGGCGCGUCCUCGAUGUGCGCGCGCAUCGGCUCGAUGGUGGCGCCCUUUGUGGCCGCCCUCGGGGCGACCGAGCCGUGGAUCCCGCCCCUGGUGUUCGGGGCGGUGCCGCUGGUGGGGGCGGUGUUGUGUCUCAAGCUGCCCGAGACGCUGGACUGCAAGCUGCCGGACACUAUCGAGGAGGCGGAGAGGUAUAAUGUCAAGAGGAGUGAGGAGGGGGUUGUGGGUGAUGUGACCGAGAUGAGCUGA